AUGUGAUAGAACCUCUCGAUCUAAAAAAAAAGUUUAGGGAUGGACCAAAACUACAAUAUAUCAUAAAGAAAAUGGACUAUUAAUGCGUUGUGUGGAGAAUAAUGAUGACUUUGAAGUCUAAAUGGAAAGAUUGGGGACUAUUUUAAGCUUUUUCUCAUGAUAUGUCCCCAAGUCUCACUCCUUAUUCUUCUUUUCCGUUUCUUCCUCCGAUUCGAGUAAAACCCUCCCUCGCUUCACUCCGCCAGCAACUCUUGCCGUGUCUUCAGCCGCAAAUUUAUAAUGGCUGCUGCCAAUGGCUCUAGUGACUUGUAUUCAGAGAUGGAGGUGGACGCAUUUAGACGUCUUUUCCCUUUGCGCUAUCAUGAGCAGCAUCUUCUCAAAUCGGUCCGACCUGAUGCUCGAAAGCUUGGAAGUGCUAGAGAUACAACACUUGCGCUUGGUGCCGUGGCCUCUGCUGAGGGAUCAGCACUGGCAAAGAUUGGCUCCACUACGAUGCUGGCCGCCAUCAAAAUGGAAAUCAUGACACCAACUGUUGAAUGUCCAGAUGAGGGAUCCAUAGCUAUCGAAUUUCACAUGCCUCCCAUUUGUUCUCCCCUUGUACGGCCUGGUAGGCCUGCAGAGGCAGCAUCAGUAAUUUCUAAGCAGCUGUCAGACACUAUCUUGAGUUCUGGCAUGAUUGACUUGAAAGAGUUGUGCUUGGUUGGAGGAAAAGCUGCAUGGAUGGCCUACCUGGACAUAUACUGUUUGGAUGCUGACGGUUCUCUGUUUGACGCUGCAUUACUAUCUGCAGUUGCUGCCUUUUCGCAUUUGAACAUUCCAGUAGUGUCUUUGAAUGAAGAUGGGCGAAUAGUUCUUGUCUCUGAGGACAAUAACCAGUUGAAAUUGGAGAAGCAGCCUGUCAAUACAGAGAAAAGAAAACUAAAAUUGAACUCUCCACCAUUCUCCUUAACGUGCUUACUUCACAAGAACUACAUCCUAGCAGAUCCUACAGCAGAGGAAGAAUCUAUAAUGGAAACGGCUGUAACUGUGGUAUUGGAUUCGUCCUACCAGCUUGUUUCACUUUAUAAACCAGGGGGACCAGUUCAUGCCCAUACAUCAGUCAUCCAGUGGUUCCUACAAUACUCCUGUUUUUAGUUCAUUAAUUUCUCUUCAGGAUUGUGUCGCACUGGCAAAACGCAGAGUGAAAGAGCUUCAGAGCGUCUUAAAUGAAGCUAUUUCUGAUAUGGAGGUUGAGUGAAGUAGAUUUUCCUUGCACUAUACUUAAUAUUCAGCAGACAGCUGGUUUCAUCUUUAGGAUUAAGUUCCUGAACAGCUGAACUAGUGUACUUUUUCGGGUAAAUGCCUUAGAAAGGUAGCUCUGGUAGCCAUUGCUUGCAAAUACAAUUCUGAUUAGCCAUUGAUUCUCAGUGGGAAAUGCAGUAUUUGUUAGUUCUCUUAGUUGUUUCAUUUCUAUCA